AUGGCUUUGGGACGGUGGAGCCGCCUGGCGGACUUGACGGACGCCGGCCUCGUCCGUCCGGCGGCACGGUCCGAGCACGUCGGUGCCUGGGACGAGGCGAGGCAAGUACUGCUGAUCCAUGGCGGAAGCAACCUGGAAGGCGAUUUGUGGGCCUUCGACGCCACCUCCGAUUCCUGGACCCGCACAGUGACGGCUGAGGCGCCGGCAGCACGGACUUUGCAUGCUGCUGGCUGGGAUUCUGCCAACCAGGCUCUUUGGGUUCAUGGCGGGCACAACAGCCAAACAGCCACCUGGUUUCGAGACGUGUGGAGAUUUCGUUCUGGCAUUUGGGUGCAGGUGUCGAAUGAUGCCGGACCGGCCGGAAGGCAGGGGCAUGUGGCCGUCUGGGUUCCAGGCACCUUUUCUCUUUGGGUGCAUGGUGGCUGGACCGGCACUAGCCGUUUGUCAGACUUGUGGAGCUACAGUGAUCAGGGUCACGGAUGGUGGGAGUUGGCGCCAAGUGGCGCGCCACCGGCACGAUCGCACCAUGUUGCCGCGUGGGAUGGGGUUGGCCAGGCACUUUGGAUACAUGGCGGCUUCGGCGACUCUCUGCUACUGGGGGAUCUUUGGACUUUGGAUGCAUCCACCGGAAGUUGGAGAGAAAUCUCAUUCGAUGCCGGUCCAAGUGCGAGGUCAGGCCACACAGCCGUUUGGGAUGACCAAAGCCGCAUGCUUUGGUUGCACGGCGGCAACGACGGCUUCCCCAAACAAGACCUUUGGAGAUACGAGUCAGAGCAGAACAUCUGGAGUUUGAUUUCAGCAGAGCACGCUGGUCCAUCGGGACGCUGGUCACAUGUAGCCGCUUGGGACAGUGGAAAUCAAAUCAUCUACAUCCACGGGGGGUACAAUGGCACCCUCUGUGGGGACCUGUGGUCCUUUUCCGUCACCACGACUUCAACAACACAGACUACAAGCUCUUCAACCAAGUCGAGCAGCCAAACCUCAAGUUCGAGCAGCACAUCUCACACGAGCAGCAGCUCUACCAGCAGCUCUACAACAUCCACAACUGGAACUUCUAGUACGAGUACAUCCACGACUUCCAGUUUAAGCAGCAGUAGCAGCACGACCCGCACUCAAACAUCCAGCACAUCCAGCACACAGACCCGCACCUCGAGCACUAGCACAACAGCCACGACCACCACUACCACAACCGAUGUCAUUGUUGCCAGCCCUUGGCCGAGUUGGAUGUUGCUUGCCAACAUCACUCUUGUCCUCGCGGCAUUCGGUGCUAUUUGCAGCUUUUCUGUUCUUGAGGCAGUCAAUGUCAGCCUAUCGCGCACGCCAACCCUGUUGGAGAUGCAGCCGCAGCUGCCGAUGAGCAAGAUGCGGAAGCAACAGAUACGGCAGGCUCCCGAGUUCUCGCUGCUGACUCCCAGCAAUGUGUCGCCCCACGCUCCCUUGGUCGUGCUUGUUGACUUCCAUGGCACCUCACCGAUCACCCCAAGGAUGAAGUUGGUCCCGAAGUCGCUAGCGGACAUGAAGAUGCCAGCAAAGGUUCUUCGGCGUCAGCCGGGAGUGCCACAGCAGUCGCCGCCUACGCUGCCGGAUCCGCAUCUCCCAAGCUGGUCAACCGAGCCCUCCAGCCGAAGCAUGCCAGACUCUCUGUCCUGGUAUGGCGAACCGCAAGGUCGCAUACCGCAUGCGCACUUGCCAGAGGCCCCUCCCAGACCUAGCAUUAGCAUUGGAGAGCUGCCACCACGACUACCGGGCCAGCUUGUUCCAAAGGGAGAGGCGCAGCCGUCGCAAAGAGGGCGUCCACUAGAAAUAGAGUGCAGGUUGGUUUUGGCCAAGCCACUUGUUACUGUUGCGAAGUCGCCGGCCCUGGCCCUUCCAACAGCAGCGAUCCGGCAUCCGCCGUUGAGCGAGUCUCCGCCCUCCUCGCUUCCACCCCCUCCAAGCUGGCCUCAGCCCCAGCAGCCAUCGAGUGAGUCCACGCCAGACUCGCUGUCCAAGAUGCAAAGUUGGCAAAGCUGCAUGUCACGCGUGCUCUCCCCGGCACCGGCUUCAGCUUCAAACCUCGAGCUGCGCGUGCAGCUGGUGCCAGAGUCACAAGCAUGGAAAGCAACCGGUGCCUGCGGGCGAGGCGAGGCCUACUGCACCCACUCCGCUCAGCCAUACAGCCUCACCUUCGAGCACUGCGAACUCGGCACGCUCACCCCGCCUCCACCCACUCCGCCAAGGCAAUCUGCUUCAGCUUUGGCCACUGCGUCGCAUGUGGCCCUGGUGCCAGAGUCGUCGCAGAGAUGGUCCCCAACAGCAUCUCCACACGAAGAAGCCUUGCGGCUCUCAGAGGAACUCGGCACACUCCUUCCUCUGCCCACCGAGCCGCCCCGGCCGCGGUGUUCCCAGAGGCAGACUCGGGACCACCGAUUUACGACACUAGAGGCAUGCUGUCUGUCGCGAGAUUUGCCAGCAGAGUCCUCCAAAAAGAGAGGCCAAAGCAGCCCUCCGGAGAGCGUCGAUGCUUCCACGGAUGUGGAAGGAAAUGCAUCGAUCAGACGAAAGACAUGUCUGGAGGUUCACCUGGUGUACAACCGUCCCUUGGUUCCUCGGCUGGAGAUGCCCGGUCGAAAAGAGAUGCCCAGUGUGUUUUGGGUUUGA